CUUAAAUGAUGACAUGUGGAGUUAAAUUAAUAUUAUACUAUCACAUUUUGAUAAAAACCCAAAGUAUGUUGUCCAAGAAUUACUUCCAACUUCCACCCGGUGAGAGUAAACAGAAAGCUCGAGAUUAAUCCUCCCACUUCCGGACGGUCAGUUUAUUGUCUCCAUGACUACAGUGUCAAAACGACGUCGUUGAAGCGGCCGUCCGCAUGUAAAAUUAGCUGUAAAAAUACUCAACUGUUUGACUAAAUACAGAAAAUGUGCGCAUCUGUGACUAACACGUUUACCAAGCAGAAUGAUGCUGGUACAGCUGUUUUGCAUGAACGGGCUUAUGACUACUUGUACGAUCCGGUUCACACAGUGUCAUCGGAGGCAGACCACACCAAGGCCAGUUUCAAGGCCUUUGCGUCCAGGUCUCGAAUAAGGAGAAUACCAGAGUUUGCAUCCAUGUUUAGUGACAACCCACGCUAUACUGUUAAAGUAGACCCUGCAGUCCCGCAGCCGGCCUUUACUGAUCUUCAGUGGCGAGGCCACACAGAACAGCGCAAAGAGGCCCUGCAGCAGCUGGCUGGGAUUUCUCCAAACACUCAAACAUGGCUGAAAACCAAGGAGUGCCAUGUAACCGGAGCAGAUUUCUGCAAAUACUUUAAACGCCCUCUCAUUCCCUUUGGGCAGCAGAUACCUCCUAGUGUGAUUUAUGCUUUGCAAAGAGAAGACUUUAUAACGUCUGAUGCUGAGCAAAAACCCACCCACUUCACUGUUGGGGUCCAGACAGACUACAGGGAAAGUGAAACACAGACAGACCCAUACAGCCCCGAGUAUGUGAUUCAGCCCGGGACUACUCCCUCAGAGCUCCUGCAGAUGGCAGCUUUGACUUGGGGUCACGGUCUGCCUGCAGGCCUUGCAGAAGUGGAAAUGAUACAGCGUGCCCGUGCCAAGCGAGCUUGGGAGGCCAGUCUUCCUCCACUGAGUGACCUGAGCCAGCUCGACAAGAGGAGGCGUUUAAUGGAAGAGAUGGAGGCCAAAGAGUGGGCUUUCAGAGAAGGCGAAAUCGAGAAGUUGCAAGAGGCUCGUUUAGAGGUGCUAAAGGACCUUCUGAGGCAGAGAGAUGAGGCUCAGAAAGAUGUCACAAAUGACAGACUGAACCAGAUAUAUUCUAAGCACCAGGAAGACAGGGAGACCAAGCUAAACAAAAUACACGCUGACUACAACAGGUCACUGAGAAAAUUAGAAGCUAAGAGGAAAAAUGUGGAGGGGAAGCUAGAACGGUGCGUCACAGCCUCUCAGACGUAUGUCCCCAGGAUCCGCAUUGGCAUUUUUCCCAACAGGAACAUCAACAGCAUGCUGUCAACAAGACGCUACUUAGACACAUAUGAAGGUUUAGAAGAACUAGAGGCGCAACUCAGUGCUUCAGUACUGAAGUCAAAGAGAGAAAGAACAAAACCCAAAGUCUCCGAGGAUGUGAUGAAGCCUCCUGAGAGCAGAGCUGUGCAGUUGCUGAAGAAAUACAAGAAUCUGAAGCAGAAGCAGGAUGACCACGCAUCUUUGAGGACUUUACGUUUUCUUCUCAGAAAGGAGACGCCUGUUCCUCAUCCUGUCACUCCCACAGUGGAAACACCACCUGAGGGGGAAGAAGAGAAAGAACUUGCUGUAAUCUUCUUGCAGAAACUAUUGCGAGGACGAAGGAUCCAGUAUGAGAUGUUUAAGGGCAAGGAGAAACAUCAGGAUCUCAUCCAGGAACUGAGGACUGUCCAUGCCCUGAAGAGGGAAGAGCAGGAGCUACAGAAGGCAGACAAAGAGCACGUCAUGAUGCUGAAUAAACAAAGAGACAAACGCAGACUUGAGAUUUUUCAACAGGAAGCGCAUCAAGCCGGAGUAGUAGGAGCGGAACUAGAACGAGUGUUUGACACAUUGUCCAAGGAGCUGAUUCGUCUCCAGGAUGAGCGAAGGAUCCACGCCUUUACACUGCUGGCUGAGAGAGACCGUCGGAUGCAAGAGGCCGAGGAGAGCGGAAGGAGGCAGGUAGAGGAGCGAAGACGCAAAGAGGAAGACGAGAUCUUCAGAGAAGUGGUACAGGUACAUCAGGAGACUGUGGACAUGUAUUUAGAAGACAUCAUCUUGGGGACUAUUGAGCACACAGCCGACCAGCAGGCGCGGGAGGAGAUCCACAAGAGAGCAAAGGAGGUCAACGACAUCGCAUAUGCCGUUGAGGAAAGCCGGGAUAAUCUUCAGUCGGAGGAGAUUGUGUCUGAGCUGGUGUACAGCUUCCUUAUCCCGGAGGUAAAGAAGAUCGGUGUCAGGGAAAGAGUGCACCAGAAGCAGCAUAGACACUUACAGGCAGCUCGGAACAUCAUUCAAGGGACUUCAAAUGCUCCUGAGCUCCUGAACAGUACUCUGGAAGCGUCAAAAUGUACCUGUCCUGGUAUAAAAGCGUCCUGUCAAGUCCUGGAAGAGACAAUGAGCCAGCCGCUGCAGGGGAAGGAAGCAGAGCAGCACGAUGCUCAAACUGAGUAAAAGAGAGGACUAGAAUAUUAAAAGUGUUCUGCAUUGCAAUCUAUAAUGUCUAAAAGUUGUUGUGAUAUUAUUAAAGUGAUGGUUUAA